UUCUUUGGUGCCCAGUACAAGUGAGUUCUUUACAGAACCCCCGUGCAAUCAUACUGCUCGGUUCUACAUCCCCUCAUCUUGGACCAACAAGCACGCACAAGUAGAAGCCAUGGCGGCAUUCGGGAGCAUGCUUGCCUCUGCCGUUAUCAAGGUAGUCGUCCAAGAGCUGAGUUCCACCAUCGGAAGUAAUAUAAAGAUGCAGAAGAACUUUAAGAAAGACCUGGAGGAGAUGAGGAGCACUCUGGAGUCCGUGGAGGCGGUGCUCAAGGACGCCGAGAAGAGGUCGAUCAAUGACACAGCGGUUCGCCUUUGGCUGGAACGGCUCAAGAAGGCCAUGUAUGAUAUCUCCGACAUGGUAAAUGAAUUUGAAAUCAACACUGAAGUACCGGCUGGACAAAAGAUUCCAGUCAUAUCCUACUGUCUUCAGUUUGUUCCUAAGAUUGUGAUGGCUAAUAAGAUGAGGGUAAUGAGAGGGCAACUUGAGAACAUCACUAAACAACAUCAAAAUUUCAGUUUCAUGCCUGACGGGAGCUCUAGUGUGAGGCAAGUUAGCGAUGUACGGGAAACAUCAUCUGUUAUGGAAGAGACACUUAUCAUUGGGAGGACUGUAGACAAACGAAAAAUGCUAGCUAUUUUAUCUGUAAGAAUCACGGAACAGAUCACCAUUGUUCCCAUACAUGGUAUUGGAGGCAUUGGGAAAACAACAUUGGCAAAGUUGGUUUUCAAUGAUAACCAAUUCAAAGAUUACUCUCGAGUGUGGGUUUAUGUGUCCCAGAAGUUUGAUUUGAAUGAAAUUGGUAACUCUAUAAUAUCACAAGUAUCAGAUGAACAAAGCCAACUGGCUGAAAGGCAGAUGAUACAUAAUCGCCUUGGAAGAAUACUCGUUGCUAAAGAUAUUCUUAUUGUUUUAGAUGACUUGUGGGAGAGGGAUUCAUCUCAACUAGAGGAUUUGAAGGCUAUGCUAACAGUUGGAAAUGCUGGAAAAGUGGUCGUAGUAGUAACCACCCGAGAUCAACGAAUUGCAAUGAAACUUCGCACCAGAGAUUCUUAUGAGAUAGAACCCUUGACAAAUGAAAUGUGCUGGACAAUCAUAAAACAAAAGAGUUCAUUUCAAACUAGACCAGACAAAGAGUUGCUGGAGAUGAUAGGAAGGGAUAUUGCAAAAAAGUGUGGAGGUGUGGCUUUAGCAGCUCAAUCCCUUGGAUACAUGUUACAAUCCAUGAGGUCUGAUGAAUGGGCAUCAAUUAGAGAUAGUGAUGUCUGGAGCGGAUCUACUCCAGAAGAUGGAUCUUCCUCGUCUCAUGUUCUUGCGUCCCUAAAGCUGAGUUAUAGCAGUAUGCAUCCAUACUUGAAGUUAUGUUUUGCUUAUUGUGCAAUCUUUCCAAAAGGCCAUAAUAUUGUUAAAGGUGAUCUAAUAUACCAAUGGAUUUCUCUUGAUUUCAUCGAGCCGAAUACCAUACUGUCCACCAGACAGCUUAGUGAGAACUACAUCAAUCAGCUUGUGUCGAUGUCCUUCCUUCAACAUUCACAAUCACCUUCGAUCGGUUGGCUGCAUGAGAAAGAUGUCACAUUGUUCACUAUGCAUGAUUUGGUACAUGACCUCGCAAGAUCAGUCAUGGUGGAUGAAAUUCUGGAUGCUUCCAAACAGAAAAAUAAGGAGGGUGGCAGCUGCCGCUACGCAUUGCUGACAGAUUGCAGUAAGUCAUUGAAGUUAACUGCAAUUUCUCCUAUAAAAAUAAGGACGAUACGUUUUCUGGACAGCGGCAAAAGUGAACUUUGUAAUGGUGCUUUUUUAUCAGCGAAGUACUUGCGUGUCUUGGAUUUAGGUGAAUGUUCUAUAAAGAAGUUUCCAGAUUCAGUUGAGCAAUUGAAGCAGCUGAGGUAUCUUAAUGCUCCACGAAUCCAAAACAGGAUGUUUCCAAAGUGUAUUACCAAGCUCUUAAAAUUAAAUUACCUUAACCUGAGAGGCUCGUCCAGUAUCUCAGCAAUACCAGAGUCAAUUGGUAAAAUGGGAAAUCUUAUGCAUCUUGAUUUGUCAUAUUGUUCAAGCAUACAUGGAAGACUCCCAAGAUCAAUGGCGGAUCUCAAAGAGUUGGUAAAUCUGAAUUUGUCACACUGCUAUCAAAUUGAUGGAAUAGCGGAUGUUUUGUGUGGCCUUACCAAACUUCAACAUUUGAAUUUAUCACGUCCGCGAUUGAGUAACUCGCGAUUGAGUGACCCGUGUCUCAGAGAGCUACCAGAAGUCAUCGGCAAUCUUAAAAAACUUCGGUAUUUGAAUCUGUCAGGGUGCAUAGAUUCUCUAUCUAGGAUAAGAAUGGAUGUAUUCAUUAAGUGUAUCUCUACCAUCUCCAGUCUAGAGCAUUUGGACUUGUCCUGGAAUAAAUUUCAGUAUUAUAUACCGGAAUGUAUUGGCAGCCUGAGGAAGCUACACACACUAAACCUGUCGCACUGCCGCAGUCUUUAUGAGCUUCCAGAAAGUAUGGUUAAACUGAGUAAUCUCAAGGUUCUAAAAGUGAUUGGAUGCUUUUAUUUGAAAACGUCCACGCGACUAAGUGCCCGUUUGCCACUAUAUGUAGUGCAUGUUACUAAUUGCGAAUCUGGCAGUUCUCUUGCGGAGCUUGAGCAUGCAAAUCCUGAUGGACUGAGGAUUACAAUGCUCGAAAAACUGAGAACCGUAUCAGAGGUGAAGGGUAUUCAAUUAAUAGAAAAACGGAGAAUGAAAGAGUUGACUUUCGAGUGGAGUGGGCAUGCCAAGAGGUUCAUGGAUGAUGUGUACGUAUUGCAAGAGUUAGUGCCACCAACCACAUUAAAGCAUUUCAUGGUACGAGGUUAUGAUAGUGUCAGCUUUCCAAUCUGGCUAAUGAUUAUCAGAUAUCAUCUGCCUAACCUUGUGAGUAUUACAAUGUGGAAUUUGCCCAAAUGCAACAACCUACCACCACUCGACCAGCUGCCAAAUCUACAAACACUAGUUCUCAUCGGCAUGGAGAGUUUGGAGGAGUGGAACAUGACAUCUUCGAGUAGGGGGGAUGGUGCGAACAAGCUCAUUUUCCCCAACCUUCAGAUCUUGAAAAUAAGUGACUGCCCAAAGUUGAAGAUGCAACUACAUCUACCUAGAGUUGUGUCUUGGUUUAUUUCAAAUAGUGAUAAUGUGAUGUCAUCAUGGGGAGAACAUUUGAUGCACAAUAGUUCUUCAUCCUCUUCUAGUGCAGUAACUUAUAUGCAGGUUCAGCACUGCAACGUGCCCCUGCACCAAUGGAGAUUGCUUCACCACCAACCUGUCCUUACUGGUUUAACCAUUGCCAAUUGCAGUGAUCUGACCAGCUCACCAGAUAUCAUGCAGGUUCUUUCCUCCCUUGAAUCACUACAGUCGCUACGUUUGUUCUCCUGCAGCAGCAUGACAUCGCUCCCUCCAUGGUUAGGAAAACUCACCCAUCUCAAGGAACUUGAAAUCUGGGAGUGCUUACAGCUGAGAUCUUCCUUAGAGAAAAUGGAACAACUUACUAGUGUAGAAUAUCUGACAAUUCAGCACUGCCCUGGACUAUUGCACUCCCUUGGACUACAAGUAGAAAGAGAUGAAUUCAUAUGGUCGAGUUCAGUGGGUAGUUUGAGGAAGACAAUAAGGAAAAUAAAUAAAAUGAGCAAAUCGGGCAACCACCAUGUUGAGGAAGAUUGAUGAUAUGAAAACACCCGGUGGUGGCUCCGCCACUUUGGCCCUGU